AUGGCUGCUGCUGCGAGCGCCAACCCCCUCAUCUCGGGCCAGAAGAGCUCCCAGCUCCAGACCGUCCUCCACCCCCUUGUCCUGCUCGCCAUUUCCGACUAUAUCACGCGCCACACUCUGCGCGAGCAGCAGGGGCCGAUAAUCGGGGCCCUCCUCGGCCAGCAGAAUGGACGCGAAAUCACCAUUGAACAUGUGUUUGAAUGCCACACUCGCUCGGCGCCAGAGGUCGAGGGAGGCUACCUGCUGGAUGCUCCCAAGUUUGGGGCGAGGCUCGAGCAAAUGGUCACGGUUCACAAGGAGCGACGCCUAGAACUCGUCGGCUGGUACACUCUUCUCCCAGUCUCGGGCCCGACGCUUUCCAUCUUGCCCAUCCACAGCCAGAUCGUCGAGGGAUGGAACGAGUCGGCCAUCCUGCUCGGAUUCCACCCGGAGGAAGCCCUCAACCACUCUGUCGGCGGCAAGCUUCCCCUCACGAUAUACGAGAGCAGCUACGAAGUCGACGACAUCAAAAACGACCAAGAUGGCGAGGAUAAGAAGAUGGACGACGGCGAACCCGCCCUCAGGCUCAAGUUCCGCGAGGUCCCCUACUCGGUCGAGACGGACGAGACGGAGAUGAUUAGCAUGAACUAUGUGGCCGGCGGCGGCGGGGGCAAGCGCAGAUUGGUGGAGAGCGGCAUCGAGGAGACCAAGCGCCAGGCGCAGCAGGACGCCGACGACGUGCUCACGCGCGAGGAGGAGGAGAUCGUGGCCUCCCUCACCGCCAAGGCAAACGCCAUCAAGAUGCUGCACUCGCGGAUCCGCCUCCUCGCCACCUACCUGGAGCGGCUACCGCCCUCGUUUGUCAACGGCGAGCAUAGCGACGCCGACAGAAUGGAAACGGACAAUACGGUCCCGUCCAUGACGAUACUGCGACAGAUCCAGGCGCUUGUCGGCCGCCUGGACCUCGUCAUCCCCUCGGACAAGGAAGCCUUUGACAGAGAGACACUCCAGCAGUCAAACGACGUGCACCUCUUUGAGCUCCUCAAUACCGUCAUGCAGAACCUCAGCCAGGCUCGUGACGUGGGCAAGAAGUCGAGCAUUGUCGAGUCGUCAAAGCUCAACACCCGGCGGCCGACGGCGGACGCGUUUCCGGGGGGCUCGCCGUACAGCUUGGCUGGCUCGGGCGACAUUUUCAUCUAA